UUCGUGGUCAGAGGCGUCCUUGCCAAGCCAAGAGGCGAAUCAGCAACAAGCGAUGUCUAUCGUUUCUGCAGUACUCUCUUUGCAACACUGCAAAGAACGCUUGUCAAGGCUCUGAUGGUUUCAAAAGAGUGUACGUGAAGCACUCACCUUGCUGCACUGCUCCCAAGGCACAGAAUAAAGCAUAUCCAUGGCAUCUUUAAGUCGGGGACAGCUUCUGUGUCACCGCGCAACCAGUUCCCGCGACGCACCAAGGUCCUUGCGCAUCACCGUACCUGACAUUGACGCCGCCGAUGAUGGACGGCCUCGAGAACUCAAUGUCCUGUUCGCGUCCACUGGCUGCGCUGACUCGAGGAUUGUCACCGAUCUGUUACAUCGCAUAGCAGAGCUGCCUGAUGUGAGACUCCGCGCCAUACUCGAUACCGCUUUCAAAGGGCAAGACCUGAUUCGUGCCGCCUCGGAAUGCAUGACCAUCCCCAACUCGCUACGUGGACAUCGUAUGCCCGUGGAGGACAUGGAGCAGGAGGCUGCAGAACUCUGCGACUGGGCGAACCUUCUGGUACUUGGACCGAUCGAUGCGAACACCCUUGCGAAGAUGUUACACGGACACACCGACAGCUUGUUGCUAGAAGUUCUGCGGAGUUGGAAUGUCAGUAAGAAGAUCCUGCUCGUGCCAGGCAUGAGCCAAUUGAUGUGGGAGAACCCAAUGACGAAGAAACAGCUCACAAAGAUCAGGAGGAAGUGGAACUGGAUCCAGGUCUUGCAACCGAUUCUCUGGUCAUUUCAGAACGAGAAGAAACUGUUGGACACAUGGGAGGCACCUACGGAAGAGCUGGUGGACACCGUACGAAAUCAAGUUGAUCUUAUGAACAUUGGCAAAGGCAUGGACGUCUCGCCGUCAGCGCGUGCAACCUUUACGCCACGCAGAGCAGGUACGCAAGGUCGCGCGGAUUGUUUGCUGCCUCCCGAACUGUGGACUAUGAUCUUCGACUUCACGGGAGACUGGGAGUUGGCGCAGAACAUGCACGUCUACACCAAUCUGUCUCCGCCCGCGGAAUGGACGUCGCACACAAGCCCACAGGGCCCACGCAAUUAUAUGGAGGCUCUCGAGCUGACCAUACUGCGCGGAAACCUCGCAGACGUUCAGCACUUCAUUGCGAUACAUAGUGUGCCGCGAUGGUUGAGCAAGCUCUGCAUCAAGCUCAUCAUGCGAUUUGCAAUGACGCCGCUACUAGCACAUCUCGAAGCGAAUCACAAAGAUUUAUUCUGGGCGACCUUCGGCCAUACAUUCCUACCAGACAAGGCCAGCAGCGUUUUCGGCAAAACGGAGAUUCUGGAGUUCUGGCGCACGUCGCCAAGCUUUCUGACGAAAGAGUACAACACCGAAGCACUAGACGGCGCGUCUAAGGCUGGCUUUGUAAAUGUGCUAGAGUGGUGGCAGCACUCCAGUCUUCCGCUCAAAUUUACUGAAGCUGCAAUGGAGCAAGCGAGUAGUCAAGGCCAUCUGUCUGUAUUGGAGUGGUGGAAGCAGCAGUCUACUUCGGUUGACGACAACACCACUUCCGUCGACUCGAGUAAAGUCCGACUGAAGCCAGGCAAGAGUAUUUGCUACGCCACCCAGAACGGUCAAACAGAAGUUGUACGAUGGUGGUUACAGUCCGGCAUUCCGUUUCCACACGAGGAUACUGUCGCCAAGCUUGCGUCAACACAUGGCCAUGUUGACAUCUUGCAAGUCUGGCACGAUUUGAAAGGUAGUAAGAUCAUCUUCGACAACCAAGUGCUGGUUGGCGCGACGAAGAUGGGCAGUGUCAAGGUGUUGGAAUGGUGGAAGCGAAGCGGACUGAAGGUCGAAUACAAAACCUGCGAUGUUGAAGAGGCGCUGGAAGAUGGCGACGAGGGUGAACGUGGGCUGGAAGUGCGCCGUUGGUGGGCGAGGAACGGUCUGAACCUUGGUGUUGGGACGAGUGAAUGGAUGAAGACGAAGUACCUGAACUCUUGAGUUGUUGCGAAGCGUUUGAGCGUGUGUAUGGUGUUGGUCGGAAUUAGGACGGUGUUUGCAUUGCAUGGUGUCAUUCGCAAGAUGGACUUGCACGUGAAGUAGACUAUUAGACUGAUACAUCCACACGGUGUCGACAAACAUGGAUUGAUACAAGAGUUGUAGGGGAGCCCAAACUCAUCCCGGCAGACAGAUAAUCGGAGUUGGGAGCAAUGGGCGCUCGAUGUUCGCAUGGUAAGACUCUCCAGUGGACUUCAGUACCUUGCUCUGUCAACCGCCGUGGGGUGGUAGUCGGAUGUGGGCAUGACGUGGAUGCGCACUGUCCCUGGACAUUUACCCAUAUGAUGAAUUCUGGCU